AUGGAGCCCACAGACAAUGCUUACUUUGACUGCCGCUGGAGUAACACGUACAAGCUGCCGUCGAGCUGGAUGGGGACCGGGCACGCGGUCUAUAACGGCUCCUUCUACUACAACAAGGCGUACACGCGGAACCUGAUCCGCUAUGACCUGCGGCUGAGGGCGGUAGCGAGCUGGACGGCCCUGGACGAGCUGGGCAGCGGCUCCGCCGGCACCUUUGGCUGGAAGGGCUACUCCGAGGUGGACUUCACGGUGGACGAGGGUGGCCUCUGGGUGGCCUACUUCUCCAGCGACUUUGACUACCUCCCCGAGGAGGUGCUGGUGCUCAGCCGCCUGGACCCCGUCGACCUGACCACCAGGAAGGAAACCACUUGGAAGACUCAGCUGCGGCGCGCCUCUUACCGCAACUACUUCCUGAUCUGCGGCGUCCUGUACGCGGUGGGGCUGCAGGGCCAGAGGGAGGGUACUGUUAGCUACGCCUUCGACACCCACACCGGCUCCGAGUCAGACCCAGGGCUGAGAAUUCACAGCAAAUACUCUUACCUCACCCAGAUAGACUAUAACCCCAACGACAAGCUUCUCUACGCUUGGGAUAAUGGAUUCCAAGUCACUUACGAUGUGAUGUUUAUCUACUGACACCAGCCCCCAUCCCAUUCCCAGUCCCACCCCGUGGGGGGGGGAGGUGGGUGACACCCUAUUCCAGAAUCACAGAGAGUUUUAUGUUUUCCCCUUUUGCACCAGCCAGCUCAAAGCCAGAAUGAGGAGACAUUCUGAAUUUCCUGUUUAUUCUUUUCUUGUUUUUUUUUAAAAUCUCUUUCUUUUUAACCAAA